ACUGCUAAGGAUAUAUGUUUGAGUACUAUGAGGCAAAACAAAGAUCCUCAAUGGUACGCUGAACGAUCUAAAAGGCUUACUGCUUCAAUUUUUGGCAAAGUUAUCAAAUAUAGAAAGAAAAACCAUCCAGCUUCACUGAUUGAAUCAAUUUUAUGUGUUGAUCAUGAGAAAAGAAAAGUGCCUGCAUCUGUACAGUGGGGCCUGGAUAAUGAAAGUAAUGCAAUUGCUAAAUAUCAAGAUGUAACAUUAAAAGGCAGUGCUUUUGUCACAUGUUGUGGGUUAGUCAUCAGUCCCCAGUGGCCAUGGCUGGGUUGUAGCCCUGAUGGAAUUGUCAUAAAAGAUGGUGUUCCAGUUGGAUGCAUUGAAGUUAAGUGUCCUUACUCAGUGAAAGAAAUGAAUGUUAAUGAAACUGCACAAAGUGUCAAAGGUUUUUAUUUAAAAAAAAGCGAAAGUGGAUUAGAACUUAAAGUGAACCAUGCAUAUUAUUAUCAAUGUUAAGGUGUCUUGAACAUUUUAAAUUUACCCUGGAUUGAUUUUGUGGUAUACACCAAUGCUGAUAUGCAUGUUCAGCGUAUCUAUAAGGACACUUCUUUGUGGGAGAACAAAAUGCUGCCAGAACUAACAUCAUUUUACUUUUCAUUUAUUCUUCCUUCUUGUAAAUG